UAUUUUGUAUAUUUAAUUGGACUAAGUGCGAUUCAUUGCUGUAAUAAGUUAAAUAUAUUAUUAUCUCGCAAUUUCACAAGCAACUUUCAUUUUUAUUGUAGCAAUACUAGCAAGCUGCGUUGCUAUAGCAACGAUUGUUUUGUUUCCAUUGUGCUGACAGAAACGUCAUCAAUAAAGUUUAUUGCAUUGCUUGCAAAUAUUAAAAUAAGUUAUAUUCAAUGAAAGAUAGUGAAAUUACUAAGUUUUUGGUAUCUUUUACUGGUCAGAUUGAAUAUGUGACACUUCCAGAUGGGGUAUUUGACGAUCAGUCGUAUAUACAGUAUGAAACUGUUUGGGGCCCUGACUGGGCCCCUAUGUCGGGGCUAACUUCGGGAACUAGUCAAAUGGCACGCUCUGGAGUUGAUCCUGAGCGAAUAAUUUUCAAUUUACCUUUAGACAUGGUGUUCAGUAGCACUAACGUGUCUGGGUGGCCACAAAUAAUAGUCACUCUGAGGGCUCAAAAUACAAUAGUUGGUGAUGUUUUAAGAGGCUACUCUUUGUUCUUAAUGCCACCAACCACUGGCCUGAACCUAACCUCUGCCCCUCUUGUGAGGCCACAGGCUGCCACUCUGCUUGGCGAGUGGCUGGCAUGGUUAACUGGCAGAUAUCCAGAACUGGCAGACCCCAAAAUGCUGGCAAGUGGCAAGGAUAAUUAUUUAUUGAAGACGGAAUCUUAUGGGUCAGUGACAGUCUCUUUGUCUAUGGUGUCGAAAGAUCUGCGGAAGCUUGGCUAUGAUAAUCAACCCCCUAUUUAUAAAACUGUUUCCGAUUCUUCAUGAUUGCCUUAAUAAAUAAAAGCUCUAGAAUUUAUUAUAAUUAAGUAAAAACAAAACAAAACUAACGCCGCGCGCCGUUGCCGACAGCGUGGGAAGUGAUAUUGGUAUUACAAAAAGUGUGUAUAUAACAAGUAUCAUUUUUUACUUGAAUGCACAACGUUUGCUCACUCGCAUUUUCGGGACCCGUCAUCGCGUCAUUCAGAUUAGCUCGCCUCGCGACCCUGUCGCUGUGUCAGCUCAUGAGUAAGGAAGGACUCCAGUUGGAACCGAAACUAUUCGGACGGUUUGAUGCCUGCGUAUUAGUAAAUUGUAUGAUUUAAAUAUUAAUUAUCAUCCUAACAAAAAUUAGACAAAAAAGGAGUUUGCUUUGUCGUAUUUAAGUAUAAGGAAAUAAAUAAAAAGCAUAGCGACUUCUACUUAACUAA